GGUGUUUCAAACAACAACGGAACCUGAACCUAAUUGCCCCUGCUUCGACAACCGAAAUUCCCACCACUUGGAUAUUCCUAUACAAACACCCAUUACUAUAGAGCCCCAAAUAACCCUUUCAGAAUACCUACCUACGUGAGUACGUACAUACGACCACUACACUACUCUACAGAGCCAAACACCACUCAAGCCCCGACAAUGUCCGAUGUCAAGGCCAACGCCGAGGCCCUUGUGCCCAAGUUCAAGUUCGAGCGCCAACUGAACCAAGACCAAGCCGGCCGCCGCACCACCCUCCUGGGCACCAUCGACUCCUCACCGGCCCUACUAAUCCUCGAGCGCGCUCCCUUCCCGUCUUCAACCGACUACCUCUCCUCUGCGCCCCUGACCCUCCGCACGCUCAAGAACCUCGGCGCCAACGAUAUUUACCACUGGUACAUGGCCAGCAGCGGCGGCAGCAGCAGCAGCACGAACUCUAAUGACCCCGAAAAAGACCACGACGAACAAACCGAUUUCUCCGACCUCAAAAUCAACCUAAUCUACCCCUGCACGCCCAAACACAUCGCCAAGUACUCCCGCCAACUAGUCCGCUACGUAACCGAGACGCCCGCCCUCUACCAGUUGCACGUGCGGCCCUAUAUGCAAGCGCAGCGCGAAGCCGGCCGACUGAACUGGGUCUUCAACAUUAUCGAAGGCCGCAAGGAAGUCGAGGACGUCAUCUACCGCACGCCCUUUGGGCAAGACGCGGACGACGAAGGGUUUUUGUUGCUGCCGGAUCUGAACUGGGACCGCAAGACGCUGGACGCGCUGCACCUGUUGGGGCUGGUGGAACGGAGGGAUCUCUGGAGCUUAAGGGACCUCAAGAAGAAGCAUGUGCCGUUUUUGAGGCACAUGAAGAGGAAGUUUGUCGAGGCCACGACACAGGUGUACCCGGACAUUGAGGAGGACCAGCUGAAGCUUUAUGUGCAUUACCAGCCUACGUAUUACCACUUUCACAUUCACAUUGUGCAUGUGCAGCUGGAGGCGGGGGCGACGCAGGCGGUGGGCAAAGCGGUGGGGUUGGAUAGUAUUAUUGAGACGUUGGAGGUCAUGGAGGGGGAUGGGGAGGCUGGCAUGGAGAAGUUGACUAUGUGCUAUACGCUUGGGGAGGAAAGUGAUUUGUGGAAGGAUGUUUUUGGGCCGUUGAAGAAGAAGAAGGCAAAGGAGCAGCAGCGGCAGCAGCAGCAGCAGCAAAAAGAGGAGGGGGAGAAAUUAAAAAAGUAAAUCACGGUGACUAUAUAAGGUAGGUGUUCUAGACCUCACGUCCGUACAGCUUCUCUACCGCCAGGACCAAGUCGUUGACGCUGGAGCCGUGAGGGCAGUCAGACCACUUGCCACCGUCGCGGAUGCAAAAGAUCUCGUUGUCAAGGCGGACGGUGCAGCUCUUGGUUACGCCGGCCUGGAGAGGAGGGAAGAAGUGUGUUAGAUACCACAUGAUACCUUGAGACGGGGUGAUUUGGGUUACAGUAUAACGGGAAGAAGGGACCAAACGUACAUCGGCGCUUCUCUUGACGCUGUCCCUCAGCAAACCGAUACCCAAGGCACCGUCGUCCUUGGUAGCACAUUGGUUGAGCUGAUCAAAGUCGAUGGCGUGCUCGAGCGCACAGUCUUCGAUCAAGCUCCGCUGAGGAAUUUCAUGGUAGUUCUUGGCCAAACACAUGGUGAAGCCAAGGAAGAUCUUGGGAUCGGGGUACAGCUUUUGGGCGCAAAGCUCAAUGAUGUUUCCAAGGCCUAGACGAAGAACAAAUCGAUCAUAUCAGUCUCCACCCGUGACACAUCCGUCUGUUUCCCAAAACGGAAAACGGG